AUGUCUAACAUAGCCAACAAUUUAUCUCCCAAUACAGUCAGGGUGAUUCAGGAGGAAUUCACUUGUAGUGCUGAGCGACUACACCAACUUGGGAUAGAAUUACCAUCUCUUCCAGCUCCUAACUUUGGGGCCCAAGGAGCCCCAGCAAGUGGACAGAACUCAUCUUCAGCUCAAGGGAUUUCAUCAGCAAGUGUGCCAGUGUCAGUGCCAGCACAGCACCAUCCCCAUGCUGCUUUGUCAGUCCAGUCACAUCCUUAUCCACCCAGUUUUCCAUCAAUUGCUGCUCCCCCUCCUCUUCCUAUUUUCUUGGUGCCACAUACUCACUCAUCUCCAUACACUCCAAACCAGCCUAUUACUUCCAGUGGGACUCCUUUGGCUUUGCCUGCCCCAAUAGUUUUGUCUACUGCACCCAUUCCUGCUGCAUUUCAGGGGAUUCCACCAGGGGGAUGUCCAAUGACCACAGUUAAUGCUUGCAGGACUAGUUCCGCCACAACUUGA